AUGCCUUAUGGAUGGGAUAAUUACUACCCGCCGCAAGGUAAUAAUUAUGCCUUGCCACCCCACCUGUACCAGCAACAGCAGAAUGGGCAGCAACCGCCGUAUACAAGAAAUCAACCGGUAGCCGGGCAGCAACAGCAGCAGCAUCAGCAUCAGCAUCAAAGUCAAAACGGAUACUUGCAGUCCAAUGUGCAAUACUCCACACCAUACGACCAAAAUCAGCCGACGUUCUAUCAAUCUCCAUCGCCGCCAGUCCAAUACCAGCAACAGCCGUAUCAAUCGCCGUCGACACCUCAAAACCGCUUCCCUCCAUCAGUUCAGUAUUCCCCGGAUCCUUUGCAAAACUGGCAAAACCCACCACAAUCGCACCGGCAAGCUCCGCAGCUGCACCAAGGAUAUCAACAGCAGCAGCCACAGCAACGCCGGCCAUCUGCUCAUGUACCCCAGAACUUACAUCCGCAGCUUGCUAGGCAACCCUUGCCCAACUCGGACUGGCCGCAGUUCGCAGCAACGCAUACUAACGCAGCAUCCAUGGUGAACAACUCUCGUCUUCCGGCCCAGCAGCAAGCGCAGCGCCAACCACAACGUACUCCAUCCCAGCCAAGGCCGGCAUCGUCGGGAGCAUCAAGGCCCGCACCGCAAGACCACCGUCAACGCCCGYAGCAACUGUCUUUGCAUGCUGCUACCGUGAACCCACAUGACGUGCAGCGUAGAGUAGCCCAGGUCCAGAUUCCACCACAAAGGGUGCCUCAAAGAACGGACGAAUAUUCAAUGGCGCCAACUCCGAAGCGAAGGAGAUCCAACGAGGGUCAUGUUGUUCCUGUUGACCAUCCAUCCGUAGCRAGACCGCAACCAUCCCGGCCAGCGAGUGUGCAGCGGCCAAAGGCAGCUUUGCCGGUAUCUUCACCACUCACCGAGUUAGCGUCGUCUCAAAUUCCACCCACGUCUGCGAAUCUGAAUACCAUCGACAAUCAAGCCGCUUUGCUAGGUCUUUCGGAUGAGUACAUCAGUGCAGCAUACAGUAUGAGUGCGGCUUUGUCGACUGCCGAAGUUGACGAAGAACAACUCGAUCUUUAUCACAGUCUUCUCGCGACUGGAAUGGCUUGUCUGGAAACUGUUCUCAAGCACUAUCGCAUAUCUGACGCUCGGAGGGAAGCUCGCGUACGGCUGAGAUUGGCAAGCCUGUUUUUUGAGGAGACUGACAACGAUCUCGAGGCAGAAGAAUGCCUCAGCAAGGGUAUCACUUCUUGCGAGCGGUUCCGCCUGCCCGAUCUCAAGUACGCCAUGCAGCAUCUGCUUGCCAGAGUAUGGUUCAAGGGCGGCAAGACGAAAGCCGCCAUGAAGGCUGUUGAAAAACUCGUGGUGGAAGCAGAAAAGCUGAAUUCAACCCAUUGGGUGUAUGCCUUUCGCUUCUUGCGAGUGUCAUUCGGCUUGCAGGUUCCAAGCAGCCCCGGCGAGACUGCGAUUCUGGCGAAGCAUCUCAGCGCGGUAACCGAUACCGCCACUCGUCACCACAACAUUUCAGUGCAGAUCGUGGCGUCUACUCUGUCGGCCAUCAUCAACCUACGAUCGCGGUCGCCAGACAGCGUCGACUUGGCACAGAGGGAUCUCGCUGCUGCAAGGACACACCAACUAUCACCGGAGAUGAAUAAGCUUCCUCAGAUCAGAGCGCUGCUAGAUUGUCUGAAUCUUGCUUGUAGCCUGGGGCAAGUUCAUCCUGAGCAGGCGGCUGCCAAAAUGCAGGUGAUGCAUAGCAAUCUCGACACGGCAUCGCGUGACGCAGCUUGGAGGAAUGAGCACAACUGGAGUAUGCCACUGGGGCAAGCGUCGCCCGACAUCGAGGCAGAUUCAUACGGCAUAUUUAGAGUGCUAGGUAAUGGAGAAUGUGCUCUCAACUUUACGUGGUUGAAUCAGACACAGGUCUAUGCCACGGGUUUCCUUUUGAGCGGUCUCGCCGCCAUGCACCACAAUGCGACAAAUGAACUCAAGGCUGAGCAGUUCCUCAGCGAAGGUGUGAAGCUGAGCAAGCAGUCAACCCCACCGACGCGGCAAUCUGUGAUAUCUGCUUCUACGCAGGCGAGUCAGCAGUCAUCGAUGCUGAUCACCAUGCGGCUAUACCUUGUCUUUGCCUUUUGCGGGCGAUCAGCAUGGGACAGUGGGUUGWACGGCAUUGCCGCCAUCCGAAGGGACAUUGCCAACUGGGGAACGACACCGGAUGAGGCGACUACAACUCUCCUUACCUAUCUGGAAGCAGUGUGCAAGCAUGGUUUGGGAGAGCUCGCCACUGCUCUCCAGCUGUAUCGCGCUCCUGAACUGUCUUUCGACUCGGCGGUCGAUUGGAGAUCACCCACCAGUAAUGUGAACUCACUCAAGGUACUUGCAGGCCUCAACAGCAUUCUCGUGAUGCGUACGUCGCGAGAGACCGCCGAGGCAGCGGACCGACUGCUUGCUCAACUCGAGCCACAUUGCACGACUCAUACCAAUAGCAACGGGAACGAGUACGGCAGCAAAGCCAUGGAGGCAGCCUUCAACAUCCUCAAAGCGACAUCAUCACAACAGAUAUCCGUAGACGGCAUGAUCAUCAAGACGAAGCAAUACCUGCAAUCCGCAGUCCACGGAGCCAAGAUCACACUCAACAACCAACUUCUCUGCGUCGUGAUGAAUAUCAUGACCAACUUGUUCUUCACCAACAUUGUCGGCGAACAGGCGGAAAAGUCAGCAAAGGCUGGCCGAUCUCUCGCGAAAAAGUCUAAAGAUAAGCUCUGGACUGCUGUAGCGGACCGCAUGUAUGCUGAUACCCUUGUGCGAUGCGGAAAAGCCGAUGAUGCUCAGCAAGUGCGGAACGAAGGAGAGCAGACCAUGCAGCAGCUUCCGACUGCUAUCAAAGCUGCCUUUCAGGCACGCGAUGUCAAGAUGAGUGGGAUGAAUUGA